AUGAAUGUUCUGAAGACUCUAUAUUGGUGUGGUGGUAAAGAUGGGAAUAAACCAUAUGAUUCGCCUGUUGAACUUCAACACGGUAGUGGUGUUCCUGAUCUGUCUAUCGUGACAACUGAAGCAGACUGUUAUGCUCUUAAGUGUGAUUUGGUUGAUUUGCUGUCGACAUUACUUGUUGAUGAAUUUGAUCCUACAAACAGAAAGCUGUUGGGUGUACUGAUUGACAAAUGCGUUGAGAAGGAUCCCGAAUUCAUACUCAAAAUCGCUUUUCAUUUUCAUAAACUGUUGGAUAUUCGAAAGACAGCCAAUUUGUUAAUUUCGAUAGCUUGCUUUUAUGUUCAGUGCCGCGUUUUCAUAAAGAAGUAUUUUAAUGCAUGCAUUUGUACACCCCUCGAUUGGAUAGAAGUUGCAGAGUGCUAUGCAUCGUUGAGCGGUGAUCCAAAACUUAGAGGAAUGCCAAAAGCAUUAAGAAAGUGUAUGGUCUCGAAGUUUUGUGAAUUUGAUCAGAAUCAGUUAGCUCAAUGCAAGCGAAGGCUGAGUAGUGCCUGUUCUUACCGGUGUAAGGUCAAUGGACGAGGUACAGGUGAUGCCGCAGUGGAUGCCGUAACAGACACUUUACAAUCAAGGCUAGUGGAUCCUUCUCCGAUUCAUUUUACAUUGAAAGAACUCGUUCGUAAGUUGCACAUAUCGAAGCCUGCAUUAAACGUCAUGUGUAUUCUUGGAAAAUUGUAUCCCAAUGAUGUCACUGCCUUUUCAAAAACGGGGUUAGAAGGGGAUUGGGAUGCUAGUAAAGCUGGUGCGUGCAUGAAGCUCCCCGUUCACCCAAAAUGGAAAGUAGAGUUAGCUUCUGGCAAAAGUCGUGAUGCUUGGACAAAGAUUAUAAUGUCUGGUGAUCUUUGUCAUGAAUUAAUUCUGAGAAAUCUAAAAAGUAUCCUAUGCUCACGCAUUUCUCAAACUGGACAUGAUAUUGUUUUACAGAGAUUGUCAGAUGCGGAAUCGGUCAUUGAAGGAAAACAGUUACCAUUUGUUUACCUUACAGCGUAUAUCACCGUUGAGAAACUUCAUGAUAUGCUGUCUAUGACUGCAAAUCGUAAACGUUUAAAAGACAUGGGUUUACAAGAAAGCAACAAAAUUCGGUCGAAGUACCUAUAUAGAUCCAGGAGGUCUAGAGUAAGAUCUUUGAACAUUAAUAAGGGGCUAUUGAACAAAUACCUAUUGGCUUUAACUAAAGCUAUGAGCUUGUCAACUCGUUACAAUUUGUCUCCUAUACGUUGUUCAGUUUUGGUUAUUUGUUCUUUAUGCUCAGGAUUUGAGCUUCAAAAAAUUAGGAGAUCUACUAGAGUGAAAGCUAUCAUAAAUGUGUUAAGCUUUAUUUAUGGUGCAAUAUGCAAUGCAAUAUGUGAGAAUGCAGUCGUUUAUUUCGUAGUGGAUAACGACUACAAUGUCGCUUCCAUAAAUAGAAUGCUAUUACUAUUAUAUAGUUCACUGUGGCACACAGAGGAAAAUAAAAAAGACACAUCAUUGUUUCGAUCACCCAACCCACCAUUAAUGGAUAAAAUAAAACUGAUUUACAAAAAUCGUAAAUUGUGGGAAAGUUACUCUUUAUCAUUAACACUGGAUAGGUUUAGUGCAUUUCGCAGAAAGUUUGAUAAAGUCAUUGUAUUUGGAGAUUGCCCUGAUAGUAUUGCAAAAUAUGUUGUGAAUUACCGAGCAAACAUUGGUCCUAUCAAGGCUAUUUGGAACAAUCUUAGUGGGAACGAUAAAUGGUGCACUUCAUUCCCAAUGACGGGAUGGAUUGAAUCGAAAGGAUUAGUAGAUAAUAUUUUCAAAUAUUUAUCGUUACCGGAUGACAAAUGUUUAGUAGAACAAAUCGAUAAAAUUGAUGAAACUUACAAAUGA